AUGGAGGCGGGAAAUAGGUUUAUCCCCACGUCUUCUUCUUCACUGAUCUAUAAAAAUCCCACUACCAGUGGUGACCAGCUCCAGCCUCCACGCACCCCUGUUGUGGCCAGCAUUACCCUAAGAGAAGAUAUCUUGUAUCUCAGAGUGGGUAGCGGUAACAGAGAAAUAUCGCCAUCUGACAACAUCCCCGCCACCACCACGCCAGAGCCAGCCCAGCAUCGCCAGGAAAAGCUCAGAGAGGCCUUGGGUAUGGCUGCAAGCCCCAAGGUGCUCCAGUACCGUCCCAGUACCAGUACUGACACCCACAAACCAGGAUCACUAGAUCUUGCCGGUCCGUUGGUAUCGCUGACGUCUCCACAGCGCAUUGUCGAGGUGUUGAGCAACGACAGGCGCUGUUCGCCACCCCCGGCCAAGAAAUCAGUGGGCUUCCUUAUGGCCACCAACAUCUUGCAGGCUCCAGGCUUGCGCAACGACUACUACUCCAACUUGGUGUCGUGGUCAAAACGCACCUACAGGGUAGCUGUUGGUCUAGGUGCCAAGGUGUACUGGUGGGGCCCUGACAACUCGGUUCGCCAAGUCCCGUUGGCCACUCGACAAAUGGUGACGGCUGUGUCGGUGCAUGCCCAGGGGUAUCUCUUGGUCGCGGUUGUUGGAGGAACGAUAUUUUUGGUAGACGAGGCAUGCAACUCGGUCAUAGACACCUACGAACAUGGUCUGGGCACGGUUUAUUGUUUCCAGUGGAAAAGCACGGCAAACACGUUUUUUGCCGGAGACGAAGAGGGCAAUGUCACCGUGUUCAAAGUGGGCAACAGCAAGAUCGUGCGGAUCUCGACCUUGCGAUGUAACCAACAGCAGGUCUGCGGCAUCGUCUUGAACCAAGAUGAGACCGAGAUGGCCGUGGGCAGUAACAACAACUGCUGCAUGGUGUGGGACAUUCACGAUCUCAUGGCACCAACCAUGAAGUACAUCUUGCCCCACACCGCAGCAGUCAAGGCGCUCGCGUACUGUCCGUGGUCCACCUCGUUGUUGGCUACUGGAGCUGGUAGCCGAGACAGGAAAAUCCGCUUUUGGCACACCCGAUCGGGAACUUUGUUGAAUGAGGUACAGACCGAUGCCCAGAUUACCGGACUUGUGUGGAGCAAGUUUAGAAAGGAAAUAGUUGCAACCUCGGGGUUUGCCAACAGCAGUAGUCCGGUUCUCGUGAGUGUCUACUCCUAUCCGGGUAUGAUCCCGCUAAGAGAAGUGCCAGCUGUGCCCAAUUUGCGGAUUUUGAGCUCGUCCACCAGUCCAGACGCCACCUCCGUCUGCGUUGCAGCUAACGACUACACCAUUCGUGUCUACAAAGUGUGGGAAGUGACCCACGAGCUCAGCUCAGAAUCAUACUUUACUGCCUCGGGAAACUACGGAAGUGCCUUGAUCGAGCUCCGCGAGGGCGUGUCCCAAAGAGGUGCCACCAUCAGGUAA